AUGGAUUCAAUCUUUUCUGUUUUUGGACCCUAUAUUAACUGGGAUGUCACAAGUCUGUUGCUCUUCACUUUAGUUUUCAUCCUCACUGCAGAUUAUCUUAAGAACCGACGGCCGAACACCUACCCUCCUGGACCCCGGAUGCUUCCUAUUGUGGGCAACAUAUUCACUGUGGAUCACAAAAGGCUCCAUGAGAGUAUGACACAGUUAGCAGGAAGAUAUGGAGACGUGUACAGCCUGCGAAUGGGUCAGACAUGGAUGGUGGUGUUAAACCGGUUUGAGGUUCUCAAAGAAGCUCUGGUAACUCAGGGAGACAGCCUGGUGGACCGUCCACUAAGAGCUCUGGAUCAGGAUGUAGUGCAUGGACAAGGUGUUAUAAACAGUAAUGGGAACAUAUGGAAGCAGCAGAGACGUUUUGCACUUUCAACUCUCAGAUAUUUUGGAUUUGGCAAGAAGUCUCUUGAACCUGUCAUCUUGGAUGAAUUUACAUUUUGUGCAAAAGACUUCAAAAGCUAUAAAGGUAAGCCACUGAAUCCACACCUCAUCAUGAGCAACGCUGUCUCCAACAUUAUCUGCUCCCUGGUUUUUGGUCAUCGCUUUGAUUAUGGUGAUGAGUCAUUCCUGAAACUGAUGAGGUUGUUUAGUGAAGCACUCGAAAUUGAAGGAUCCAUUUGGGCACAGCUUUACAACGCAUUCCCUCUGCUGAUGAGACGUCUGCCAGGACCACAUCAGACAUUCCUGCACACCUGGAAAGAUGUAAAGGACUUCAUACGAGUUGAGCUCAAGGAGCACAAACAGAACUGGGAUUCCUCAGACCAGAGAGACUACAUCGACUGCUACCUGAAUGAGAUUAACACGAGUAAGAGGCAGGCUGACAACACUUUUGAUGAAGAAAACCUGAUUAUGUGUGUCUUGGAUCUGUUUGUGGCUGGCUCUGAGACCACAUCCACCACCCUGCGCUGGGCUUUCCUCUACAUGGCAAAGUACCCCGAGAUCCAGGAAAAGGUCCAGGCUGAGAUAGACAGAGUGAUUGGACAGUCCAGACAGCCGUCCAUGGAAGAUCGUGCAAACCUGCCCUACACUGAUGCUGUUAUACAUGAGAUCCAGAGGAUGGGCAACAUAGUUCCCCUCAGCCUGCCUCAUAUUACCAACAGGGACAUCCAGCUGGGAGGCUACACCAUCCCAAAGGGAGUUACAAUAAUCCCCAAUCUGACCUCGGUGCUGUUUGACAAGACUGAGUGGGAGACGCCCGACACCUUUAACCCAGGACACUUUCUGAACAAGGAGGGCAAGUUUGUGAAGCGAGCUGCUUUCAUCCCGUUCUCUGCUGGUAAGCGAUUGUGUCUCGGUGAGAGCCUGGCCAAGAUGGAGCUUUUCCUCUUCUUCACCUCCUUCAUGCAGCACUUCACCUUCUCCAUGCCUGCUGGAGUGAAGCCUGUCAUGGAUUUCAACUUUGGCACCACUUUGGCACCAUGUCAAUAUGAAAUAUGUGCAACCUCACGCCAAGAGUAGCUCAAACAUUAAAAAUAUAUGUUUCAAAGAGCAAUGAGCUUUUCUUCUUUUUAUCACUGUGACAUGGUUUAGAGAAUUAUGUUUACCUUUAAUUUUAGAUGACGUGUCAGUCUAUAGACUUUUCAUUAGAAGUCUCUUAUUGCCAACACCAAAGCCCUAAUGUAUUGUUUAUUUUUUUUAGUGUCACUUUUGGUGUAAUGUGAUGUGGUUCAUCUGUCCUGAGCUGGGUAGAAAAUUGUAUUAAAGUCACCUCUGAUUUUGAAAGCUGAUG